AUGGCGGACGCUAAGAACGUUACCGUGCCGGUCGCCGACGGCGAGCCCCAGCAGAACCUCCUCCUCGACGAGGUCACCGGCGAGCGCGUCUCCAAGACUGAGCUCAAGCGCCGCCAGAAGCAGCGCGAGAAGGAAGCCAAGAAGGCCGAGAAGGCAGCCGCCGCUCCGCCCAAGGCCAAGAAGGAGAAGCAGGAGAGCGAGGAGGAGUUGACGCCGAACCAGUACUUCGAGAUCCGCAGCCGCGCCGUCAACAAGCUCCGCGAGACGCACGACCCCAACCCGUACCCGCACAAGUUCAACGUCACCGACGACCUGCGCGAGUUCCUCAAGAAGUACGAGUCGCUCAAGACGGGCGAGCAGCUCAAGGAUGUCGAGGUCCGCAUCGGCGCCCGCAUCUACACCAAGCGCGCCGCCGGCGCCAACCUGAUCUUCUACGACGUGCGCGCCGAGGGCCAGCGCGUGCAGAUCAUGUGCCAGGCGCAGGAGGCCACCGGCGACGUGCCGUUCCAGAAGCAGCACGAGAACAUCCGGAGAGGAGACAUCGUCGGCAUCGUCGGUUUCCCCGGCAGGACCAACCCCAAGAACCGCGACCACGGCGAGCUGUCCAUCUUCGCCAAGGAGGUCAUUCUCCUCACCCCCUGCCUGCACCAGCUGCCCGGUGAGCACUACGGCUUCAAGGACAAGGAGCAGCGCCACAGGAAGAGGUACCUCGACCUGAUCAUGAACGACUCGACCCGCCAGACCUUUAUCACCAGGUCGCGCAUGAUCACCUUCAUCCGCAGGUUCUUCGACGAGAGGGACUUCAUCGAGGUCGAGACGCCCAUGAUGAACAUGAUUGCCGGUGGUGCCACGGCCAAGCCCUUCAAGACCUACCACAACGACCUCAAGCUCGACAUGUUCAUGAGAAUUGCACCGGAGCUAUACCUCAAGGAGCUGAUCGUCGGCGGUAUGGAGCGUGUGUACGAGAUCGGCCGCCAAUUCCGUAACGAGGACAUUGACCUCACCCACAACCCCGAGUUCACGACCUGCGAGUUCUACCAGGCUUUCGCCGACAUGUAUGACAUCAUGGACCUGACGGAGGAGCUGGUGUCGUCCCUGGUCAAGCACGUGACGGGCGGGUACAAGACCAAGUUCCACACGCAGCACGGCGAGGAGUACGAGGUCAACUGGGAGAAGCCGUGGCGCCGGAUCGAGAUGAUUCCGGAGCUGGAGGCCAAGCUGGGCGAGAAAUUCCCGCCGGGCGACGAGCUGCACACGCAGGAGACGAACGAAUUCCUCAAGCGCAUGAUCAAGAAGGCGGGCAUCGAGUGCACGCCGCCGCUGACCAACGCGCGCAUGCUCGACACGCUCGUCGGCGAGUUCAUCGAGGAGCAGUGCAUCAACCCCACCUUCAUCAUGGGCCACCCGCAGAUGAUGAGCCCGCUGGCCAAGUACCACCGCUCCCAGAAGGGCCUGUGCGAGCGCUUCGAGGCCUUCGUCUGCAAGAAGGAGAUUGUCAACGCCUACACCGAGUUGAACGACCCCUUCGACCAGCGCAUGCGCUUCGAGGAGCAGGCCAACCAGAAGGCCCAGGGCGACGACGAGGCCCAGCUCAUCGACGAGACCUUCUGCAACGCCCUCGAGUACGGCCUGCCCCCCACCGGUGGCUGGGGUAUGGGUAUCGACCGCAUGGUCAUGUUCUUGACCGACAACUACUCGAUCAAGGAGGUCCUCACUUUCCCCAUGAUGAAGGAGGACAAGAGCGCUCAGCAGCAGCCCAAGGCCGCCGAGGUCGUCGGAAUCGAGCCCAUGCCCGAGGAAGGUAUUGGUGAGCAAUAG